GCGAUCCCAGGCGGGGUAGUAGCUAAGUUUGCGAAGCUCUCUCUAGGGAACACAAGCAUAGUCAUGAAACUGUUCGUCGCGCUCUCCGUUUUGGUGGCUGUGGCCUCGGCCCUGCCACAGUUCGGCGGAAAUGCUAAUGCCAACGCCAACGCUAACGCCCAGGCCCAAGGAUUUGGAGGCGGCGGUUUCGGCAGUCGUCCUGGAGGAGGUUUUGGAGGUGGUCCUGGAUUUGGAGGCAGCGGUUUCGGCGGUCGUCCUGGCGGAGGUUUCGGAGGCGGACCCGGUUUUGGAGUCAGUCCCGGAUUUGGAGGCGGCGGCUUCGGUGGACGUCCCGGCGGCGGUUUCGGGUGGGGUGGCGGCUUCGGUGGACGUCCCGGCGGUGGUUUCGGAGGUGGUGGCAGUGGAGUUAGUUCUGCAUCCGCAUCAUCGUCGGCUUCGUCUGCCGGAGGCGGCGGUCGUGGUGGCGGCGGCGCUUCAUCUGCAUCAUCCUCCGCCUCUUCCUCAGCUGGCGGACGCGGUUAAACCAUUCCAUAAGAUAUUUUCAAAUAAUUGUUAAGAAAUGACUGUGAAUAAAACAAAACAUACAAAAUUUAA